AUGGACCCCUCCGCGGGGCCGACUAUCACGGCCGCCGUUGCUAGCUUCACAAACGCCGCCUGGCAGUACGCGGCCCAAUCCACCCUCGCCGACUACUUCACCAUCUUCGCCGUCUACGUCUUUCUCGAUAAUCGUCGCCAUGAUUCCCCGACGCCUGAUGACACUGACCUGAGCACUACCAAAAACUCUCUGUCCAUCAUCAUCCUCUUCGCCGAGCUGUGUCGCUACUUUCUGCCUCCCAAAUACGUCUGGAACGACCACGAUGCUGCGCCUGCCGACGAUCUUAUCAUCAAUGUCGCUUCCGAGGUCAUCCCCUCAGUCCUGCCCAUUAUUGCCGCUUUUUGCAACUUGAUCCUCUUGGGCUUCGAGCCUUUGCAUAAUCGCGUGCCCUCGAUGCUGCCCACCGUCGCGCUCACCACCACCUUCGCAUUCCGCAUCGCGCGCUACUUUGCUUUCGAAAGCCCUCUUCAAUCAUAUUAUACCGAUCUGUCAUUGGUGCUUCUUUCUUUGCAGUUUUGUCUCCUCGCAAUUCAGCUCUUCUGGAAGGUCUUUAUCUGCACGCCAUUCACUACCACUGGCCAGGAGCCCCAGUUACCCGUCUGGCGCAAAAUCGUUCCCAACUGGCUCGGCACGAUGCUCAUGCUGCCGCAUCUUGAGAUCGACGCUCUCGAGCAGCUCGAUGCUCUAUAUGCACCACCCAUGGCGUAUGGAUCUCGGCCACUCUUUCGCCAGCUCGCACCACUCUAUGACAGCCCUCGCGCAGAAACAAGUCCCAUGGAGCAUUUUGGCUUUUCAGUUCUACGCCGUCAAUUCUUCUCCAUCAUCCCCUUGCGCCUUAUCAUGAUUGCAUUCACGUAUGCAGUGCCUUACCUCGUCCAGGAUACCGUCACUCUUGCAGGACAGAGACCCAACGCCCACGAUAUCUGCAAGACUGUCGCAUUGACCGCCUUAGCUUAUGGCGGUAAAGCGUUUUCAACGGCCUGGUACAAUCAUUGCCGCGCCUGUUUUUCGACCCAGCUGCGCACCACUGUCAUCAACGCAAUGUCUGAAAAACUCCUCGUCAUGAGCCAAAAGACCUCUCAGAAAUUUAACCUUGUUAACGUCUUUGGAAAAGACUUGCAGAACAUUGAUAACGUCAUCAACGCUUUUCACGAUCUCUGGUCCUCCCUGCUCGAGCUGGCCUGCGGCCUGUAUCUUGUCACCUCUAUUUCUCCUGGCUCCCUCUAUAUGGCCAUCUUUGCUCCUCUCGCUGUUUCUGUCUGUGAGCCGGUUGUCGAAGUAGUUUCCUCCUUCUCGGAGGGCUGGAAGCAAGCUGCUAAAGAACGUAUUGCUGCGGUUGACUUGUACCUUGACCAGUACAAAGAGCUCAAGUUUACCGGCUAUGUCUCGUCUUUCACUCCGCAUCUGAUGAAGCUUCGCGGUCGCGAGAUUGAGGCAGCCAAUCGGGAUUCCAUAAGCGCCGUGAUGCAGCUCGGCUUUUAUGCGGCUUGCAAAACCGCAGCCCCUGUCGCCAUCAUCGGCACUGCGCUCUACAGAUCCACCGAAUCAAACCCAUGGACGGUCCCAGAAUACUUUACAAUUGCUGCCGUCACACCACUCAUCGCUCACUCAUGGAAGACCCUGAUCAGUGCUUCCAAAAUAUACUCUAGCGGAAUCAAGAGUCUCAACCUUGCUCAAGACUUCAUGCAGCAGCCUGAUCUAAGGCCCACCGACCGAGGCAACCCCCACCAUCAAUCCGAUUCCAAGCAGCGUAGUCUUCAGCUUCUACAGACCUCUUUCGCUGCUCCCGAUUCUACUUCAUUCCGCUACAGAGAUCUUCGCUUCGAAGUUGGCAAAAUAACCAUGAUUAUUGGCCCUCAGGGCUGUGGUAAAUCCAGCCUUCUCAAGUCGCUACUUGGCGAAGUGCAGCUUGUCAGCGGGAGCGUCAUCGCUCCAACAGGGCCAAUCUCUUACUGCGGAGAAUCCUCCUUUGUUCAAAAUUUGAGCAUCAAAGAAAGCAUUAUUUUUCAGAAGGCCUUCGAUCCCGUUUGGUAUCAGCUCGUUCUGCACGCCUGUGCCCUCGAUACGGAGAUAGCAAGGCUUCCACAUGCUGGGGAGACAAUGGCUGGCGAAGGUGGCUCCAAAAUUACUGACCUCAGGCACCUUGUUUCUCUUGCCCGAGCUGUCUAUGCAAACAAUCCGGUCAUGGUACUUGAUGAAACAUUUGACUACUUCGAACCCAAGACUGCCGAUACCAUACUGGCGCGUUUAUUUGGGAAGGGCGGACUAUUACGCAAUAAAUGCACAGUCUUGUUCACCUCAUCAACUUCUCGAGACUUUGCUCAUGCAAACACUAUCCUUGCUUUCAAUGAGACCCGCGGCAUUCAAGAAGUUUCUCCAUCUCUGUCUAAUCUCCCCCCCGGUCUAAAGUAUGACCCCAAAGCUUUCGAUCUCGGGCCGAUCCAUGAGUCAACUCGACAGCCCAUCCAGCUCCGCGAGAAAGUAUUCCCCUACGAGCAUAAUUCGCCAGAAAACAUUCGAUCCGACAUUGCCUCUGAGAAGGCGUCCAUCCUGAGUUUCUUGGCCCAUUGCGACUCUCUUGGGAUGUUGGGUUUAGGUAUAUCAAUUGUCGUCAUGUUGCUGGCUGUUGUUGCUGCCAAGUGGCCUGUGGCUUAUCUACACACUAAGCUAGAGAGCUUUCAUCCAAGUGACGAUUCAUUUAUAUGGACAUGGGCGAUAUUAGCUGCCGCGCCAGUCAUCCUAGUACCAAUAUGUGCGCUUUUGUAUUACAUGACUUCUGCUACGAACGCCUCUUUUGUUUGGCAUGUCAAGCUCAUGAAAACGCUGGAAUGGACCACGGUCACGUACACGAUUCGGUAUGGCUACGGCAAAUUAGCGAAACUUCAUGAGCAAGACCUCACUCUUGCCGCAACGAGCCUAGCCAGCGCGUACCUGUUAGGAACAUUCAUGACUAUUAGUCUUCUUGCUGAAAUGUACUUUGCAGCAUAUAGUUUUGGAUCGAUUGCUUGGCUCCUCGCACCGUGCGGCUUCGUCAUUGCGAGCAUCAUCGGUAUUGAGCAUGUUCGUGCCUUUGGAUGGCAGCGUCAAUUCCUGCGACGCACCUUCGACCUGCUCAGCACAUCUCAACGCACGCAUUAUUAUUCUUUGCUCAUGCAGCACAGUUUGACCCUUUCUAUUGAUCUUUUCAUCUUGUUUGUGGCCUUGGUUGUCACAGGUUUCCCUCUCUGUCUUGGGUUGUCUACACAGGCAACGAUGGGUAUUUCUCUUGUUACAGUCGUUGGCUUGAGUACGUUCACGAGAGACGUCAUAGACAGCUGGAGCCGCUUUACAGCUGCCCUAGCACCAGUUCACCACAUCGCCAAGUUUAUCAUGGAUGCACCCAAGCCAAAGAAGAUUGCCGCGGCCAAUUUCGAUGCUGCAGAUACUUCCAUUCGAUGGCCCACUUCCGGUGGCAUCAAGUUUGAGAAUGUCACUGCUCACUUCGACCUUACGGGUCAGGAUGAGCCACCCAUUCUUGACAAUAUCAAUGUCACAAUUCCGGCGGGGAAAACAGUCGGCAUCAUCGGUGGCAUUGCAAGCGGUAAAACGGCAUUCUUGUCAGCUAUUCUCGGAUUAGUCGACUACAGUGGGCGCAUCACCAUCGAUGGCACCGACGUUCGCGAACUGCCCGACCUCUUUGUCCAGCGUCGCAUUGUCUCCGUGAGCCCGUACCUCCUCGAGUUCCCGGGCACGCUGCGCCACAACCUCGACCCGAUGCACGGCACGCGCUUCCAGAACCGUCUGGGCGACGACGUCAUCAUUGACGUGCUCAAGAAGCUGACCCUCUGGAGUGAGGUUGUCCGUCGUGGCGGCACCCUCGAUUCCCCCAUGUCCGUCAUGGGUCUCUCGCGUGGCCAGCGCGAGGUUCUCGCCGUGGCUCGCGCCAUACUCCGCCACAAGCAUCUCGAUGCCAAGAUUGUCGUUGUAGACGGUGCUCUGAGCACUGUCGACACGACACUCGAUCUCAUGGUCAACCGAGUCAUGGCCAAGGAAUUCCGCGGCUGCACCCUCAUCAAAGUGACGCAUCAUCUCGCGACACUCGACGAUGCUUCGCAGGUGAUUAAGAUCCACAAGGGUCGCAUCGAGAGCGUGUAUCAACCUGGUGGAGGUCGUCGACGCUGA